ACCAAUCUCUCUAAUAGAUCUUCUUCUUCCUUCCUUCUCAAUACCUCCAUAAUUCUUCUAUCUUCCCUUUUUGAUUUCAUUCCCAGAGAAUUUUCCCGAGUUCACAUUGAUAAUGGCGGACCAAACCUCCGAUCCAACAUCUUCCGCGGCUCUUGUCUCCGUAUCUUCUCCUACUGCUCCUAAGAAAGAAAAUACCAGUCCUGUUGAUUCGAAGCUCACGGAAUUGAGCGAAUCAAGAGCCGAGUUGCUUAUCAGGAUCCAGAACCUGAAACAGGACUUGCAAAGUUGGAGAGGUAAGCUAGACACCCAAGUUAAAGUCUACCGUGAGGAGCUCUCUGGGCUAAAGAAGACUCUGAAUCUUGAAGUUGAGCAGCUCCGUGAGGAAUUCAAAGACCUGAAGACCACCUUGAAUCAGCAACAAGAUGAUGUUUCUGCUAGCCUGAAAAGCUUAGGCCUACAAGAUAACUCCAAAGAUUCAAAAGAGCAAAUGGAUAAGAGAGGCGAGGCUACAGAAGAGAAAGUGGAAGCUCGGUCGAGUGAUGACAUUGUGAAAGAGGUAGAGCAUUAGAUGAUGAAAAUGUUUGUUACUAUGAUCUUUGUGACUACUACCACUACUACUACUCUUACUACGGUUUAGAUUGUACCAGUACUCUUGGUCUGUAGUACCUCGGUUUAGUUGAUUCUUAUAGCAGUUUGUACCA